UUUUGGUGGAUUGGUGGUGGUGUGGGUGGUCUUGAAUGGUUUUCAGUUCUCACACAACCACCCCAAACCUCUGUUUCUCUCUGUCUCUCUGUUUCUGUUCUUCUCCUUGUAGAUUUCUUUCAUUAGAAUUUGAGAGCUAGAUUAAUUCGCACGUGCGUGCAUGGUUAGUUCGCGCCAUUUGUACGGGAAGUUGCAGAACCCAUGCAAACCUAUCCAACGUAAAAGUUGCAUUGCAUGUGCAGGUUCUUGUUGCUUUUCAUUUUUGGCGUUGUAUGGAAGCUUUGCCUUAUAGCCUUUUAUAUAGGAGAAAAUUGGAAAGGACGAAAAGUUGAUAGAACGAUAAAGAAGGAGGAGAGGUACUUAUUGAUAAAGGGAAGGAGAAUUAUGGCAGAAACUGAUGAUGAACCUCAUCCUCCUGACCAAGAACACGCGAGCUCAACGCAGCAUGACCAGACCAAUGGAUCGCCGCAGCCGCAUGAGCAGAGUUCCGAGCAGAACGAAGCACCGCCAGCAGACACCCCGACCCCACCAUCAUCACCGCCGCCUGCGCAAGCCGCGCCGGCUCCAAAAUCAGAGACUCCGCCUCCAUCAUCUCCGCCUCCUGCUCCGAAAGCUACUCCACCUCCUAAAGCUGCACCGCCUCCGUCAUCUCCGCCACCAUCAUCUCCUCCGCCUGCAUCACCGCCGCCGUCUUCUCCACCCCCAAAUUCACCACCACCGUCUUCUCCACCACCAAAAUCACCCACCCCUUCUCCUCCUCCCCACUCGCCACCACCGUCAACAUCAUCAUCAGGAACACCACCUUCAGGAACACCACCUUCUGCUCCAGAUCCUCCUCCUAGUACUACUCCUAAUAAAGCUCCUGCACCAUCCUCCGGUGGUUCGUCAUCUCCAUCACCGCCAACUGAUUCGUCACAAGGAGGAGGCUCUCCUCAAUCCCCACCCACUGACUCUCAGUCCCCUCCAGCAUCCCCCCCACCUCCGGCGAACCCUGACGGCACAAUCCCAACCACCAACCCCACCGCCCUAUUUCCUCCCAACGUUCCUACCCCUCCAACAGUUUCAGGAACCACACCUCAGCCCCCUCUUCUGUCUUCUAAUUCCACCCCCACACUAUCCCCUCCCUCAAACUUAAAUUCAAGUAAGUCUUCAGAGGACACGGGAGGAAGUAGCAGUAGGCAUACGGGCACUGUUGUGGGGUUGACUGUAGCUGGAGUUUUCAUCAUUGCCUUGCUAGCUCUCAUUUUUGCGUUCAUAAGGAGGAGAAAGAAGCAGGCCCAAGUAUAUCCCCCCAAUUACUUGCCUCCCACCCCUGGUCCUCCCGGCAGUAACUUAUCGGGUGGAUAUUAUCUUGCGCAGCAACAGAGUCCUGCAACUUCUGGUCCCACAGAAAGCUUCUAUUCAAGUGGGCCGCCGGGACGUUCUUCUUUUGAUAAUAGCUAUCAAGCGCACAGUGGAGAUUCUGGUCUCAUAGCUGCUACUAAAGUCCAUUUCACGUAUGAAGAGUUAAUGGAGAUAACCAAUGGAUUUUCUCGUCAAAAUGUUCUUGGUGAGGGUGGUUUUGGAUGUGUUUACAAGGGUUGGUUGCCGGAAGGGAGAGUUGUGGCAGUGAAGCAGCUUAAGGCUGGUAGUGGGCAGGGAGAGAAGGAAUUCAGGGCAGAAGUUGAGAUUAUUAGUCGCGUGCAUCAUCGUCACCUGGUCUCUUUGGUGGGAUACUGCAUCUCUGACAAUCAAAGAUUGCUUAUAUAUGAAUUUGUUCCCAAUAAAACUCUUGAGCACCAUUUGCAUGGUGCCGGAAUGCCGGUGUUGGAAUGGACCAGAAGAAUGAAGAUUGCUUUGGGGUCUGCAAAGGGUUUGGCGUAUUUACAUGAAGAUUGCCAUCCAAAAAUUAUUCACAGAGAUAUUAAAUCGGCAAACAUUCUGUUGGAUGAUGUUUUUGAGGCACAGGUUGCAGACUUCGGGCUUGCCAAACUUACAAACGAUACUAAUACUCACGUUUCCACUCGAGUCAUGGGAACAUUUGGGUACAUGGCACCUGAGUAUGCAUCAAGUGGGAAAUUGACAGACAGAUCAGAUGUGUUCUCAUUUGGAGUUGUGCUUCUAGAGCUUGUAACCGGGCGUAAACCUGUUGACACGAGUCAGCCUCUGGGGGAUGAGAGUUUGGUUGAAUGGGCUCGUCCGAUCCUCCUUAAAGCCCUUGAAACUGGGGACUUGAGUGAAUUGGUAGAUCCUCGGCUUGAGAAGCAUUACGUGGAGGGUGAAAUGAUCAGAAUGAUUGAGGCAGCUGCGGCAUGCGUGCGUCAUUCUGCUCUUAAACGACCACGGAUGGCUCAGGUGGUGAGAGCAUUGGACUGCGAAGGUGAAUUGUCUGAUCUGUGCAAUGGAGUGAAAGUUGGGCAGAGCACUGCAUAUGACUCUGGGCAGUACAAUGAAGACAUUGUGAGAUUCAGGAGAACGGCAUUAGGCAGCGAAGGCAGCUCAGAGUAUGAAAUGUCAAGCACAGAGUUCACCACCAGAGAAAUAUCUGGACCUCAAAGAGUAUGGACUCGCCCUGAUUCAAGCGAGGAAUCAGAAACUCGAGCCUUUACAACCCGCGGUGGUGAGAAGGGAUUUAGCGGCACUCCAGGCAGACACAACUUCUAAUUUCUGAAUGUUAAUCUAAUCCAUGGUGCACACCAGAGAGAGAGAGAGAGAGAGUGCACUCAGUUUUUUUAAGAUAAAAAAAGAAAAGAACAGAAAAAAAAAACCCUGUUUGACUUAAUCUGACAUAUUAGUGUGUAAAUUAAGGCUAAGCUGCUGCUUCUUUUUUCUUUUUCAUUUUUCCUUGAUGAAAGGCACUAUAUUCUCUAGUUCCCUCAAAGCAUUAGCAGCGGGGAAGCUUGUAAAGUUUACUCAAGCUACUUUUUAGUCAUUAAUAUAAAACAAUCUGUAUUUGAUAGUA